AAAAUACACCACUUACGUGUACCUGUACUGUGUAAUCGAACGUGAUGAAAUGAAAAAGCUGUGAGAAACAUAUUUUUGCCACAGUUUCCGUAUUCCCCACUUAUUAUGACUCUUAAUUUGAAGGCAUACGUGAAAAAGUGAUUAUAUUCAAGCAUGCCACUAAUGUAAUUAAGGAACAACAGGAAGUACCAACUAAUUGCAGUCAUAAGUACAAGAGUAAUUUAUUCCAGAAAGUAACAUCAGUGAUAAUUCAAGAUGGUGUUAGCGGAUCUUGGCCGUAAGAUCACCUCGGCACUGAAGUCUUUGAGUAAUGCCACCAUCAUUGACGAAGAUGUGCUGAAUUCUAUGCUGAGUGAAGUAUGCCGUGCUUUACUCGAAGCUGACGUCAACAUCCGAUUAGUCAAACAGCUGAGAGAAAAUGUCAAGUCGGUGAUAGACUUUGAAGAGAUGGCCGGCGGUCUGAAUAAGAGGAAGAUGAUCCAGACCGCUGUCUUCAAGGAACUGGUCAAGCUGAUCGACCCCGGUGUGAAAGCCUGGACACCACUCAAAGGCAAACCCAACAUUAUAAUGUUUGUUGGGCUGCAGGGUAGCGGCAAGACAACGACAUGUACAAAGCUAGCCUACCAUUUUCAGAAGAAGGGAUGGAAGUCGUGUUUAAUUUGUGCAGACACAUUUCGUGCAGGUGCUUUUGACCAACUCAAACAGAAUGCAACAAAAGCAAGAAUACCUUUCUAUGGAAGUUACACAGAAGUAGACCCAGUGCUACUGGCCGCUGACGGCGUAGAGAAGUUCAAGAAUGAAGGAUUUGAGAUCAUCAUCGUUGACACGAGCGGGAGACAUAAGCAAGAAGAUUCACUGUUUGAGGAGAUGUUGCAAGUGUCCAAUGCAGUGAACCCUGACAAUGUGGUCUUUGUGAUGGACGCAUCCAUCGGUCAAGCUUGCGAGGCCCAGUCCAGAGCCUUCAAGGAGAAAGUGGACGUAGCUUCAGUCAUCAUUACUAAGCUGGAUGGUCAUGCGAAGGGUGGUGGAGCUCUCAGUGCUGUUGCGGCCACAAAAAGUCCUGUCAUCUUCAUAGGAACGGGUGAACACAUUGAUGACUUUGAGCAAUUCAAAACGAAACCGUUCGUCAGUAAACUGUUAGGUAUGGGAGAUAUAGAAGGCCUGAUUGACAAAGUGAGUGAGCUGAAACUAGACGACAAUGAAGAACUCAUCAACAAACUCAAACACGGUGAAUUCACGUUGCGAGACAUGUACGAGCAAUUCCAAAACAUCAUGAAGAUGGGACCAUUUGGCCAAAUUAUGGGUAUGAUCCCAGGAUUCAGCAGUGAUUUCAUCUCCAAGGGCAACGAGCAAGAAUCCAUGGCCAGAUUAAAGAAGCUAAUGACGAUCAUGGACAGCAUGAACGACGAAGAGUUGGACAGCCGUGAGGGCGCUAAGCUCUUCAUGCGAACCCAGGGGCGUGUCCAUCGAGUAGCCAGGGGGGCGGGGGUCUCGUCCAAGGAGGUACAAGAGUUGCUGCAGCAGUACCAGAAGUUUGCCCAGAUGGUGAAAAAGAUGGGUGGCAUCAAGGGACUCUUCAAGGGUAAAGGUGGUGACAUGGCCAAGAACGUGAAUCCAGCACAGAUGCAAAAGUUGAACCAGUCUAUUGCCAAAGCUAUGGAUCCGAGAGUGCUACAUCAAAUAGGUGGUAUGGGCGGACUACAGAACAUGUUGCGGCAAUUCCAGCAGGGGGCAGGAGGUGCGGGUGGCUUAGGUGGGCUGGGGAACAUGAUGGGUGGAGCAGGAGGGCAAAACAAAUGAUCCAUCGGUAUGGAGGGGGGCAGGAGUUGGGGUGGCUUAGGUGGGCUGGGAAUGAUGGGUGGAGCAGGGGGGCAAAAUAAAUGAUCCAUGGGUAUGGAGGGGGCAGGAGGUGGGGUGGCUUAGGUGGGCUGGGGAACAUGAUGGGUGGAGCAGGGGGACAA